GCCCUCUACGUUCGUUGGUCGAUAACUGAGCCUCUGAGCUCCCCUUGGCCUGAGACUGAGUAAGUCGAGAUUCCGUUCAGCAAAUCGGACAAUAAUACAAUUUUACAGAUUGUUUUUGUGACUUUUGACACCUCCAAGAGUCCAACUUGCACAUGAUGGCUGAUUCAAAGCAAGAUGAGUCUGGCGCCCUCACGCUUAGGUAUUUAGGACAAGUACUUGAUGUCUUGCUUGAUCCCAAUAAGAAAAUCGUGGAUGAUACCAGUCUUCAAAGACUGCUGGAGUACUGCAAGAAAACCUUCAGUUGCAAAGAGAUAUGCCAAGAGGAGGAAGGCUUGAAGCAUGUCUUUGACUUCUUGGAGGCUUGCUGUGUGAGAGAUCCUAGUGAAUUCGACCCUUGUGCUCUGACCUUUGCACUUCAGCUCGUUCGAAGUUUGACACCCAAUCCGGAGCUCAUGGACCGAUUGAUGGCGAACUUUGAUGUACAGUCACGAAUACAAGGAGGAGCACAAGGAUGCCUAUUGGUGAAGCUGUUGAAGAGAGCAAGUAAUGGAGACUUUUUCUCAGAUCCAUGCAUGAAGGAAGCAUGGCUUACCACUCUACUGAACCUCAGCAUUAUCAAUCUAUUCUGGACAAUAUGCAUUCAAACAGAUGCCUUACGGAUAGCAAUGGAGCUACUGAAAGACACCAGCAUGUUUGUGGUCAAGUCAUCUCAGAAGUUCCUUGCUAGGGUAUUGCUCCUACAAUACAAACACAAUGCCCAGGGAACUUGCCUUGAUCCGCCUCAAGCGCCACAAACCACCGAAUCCACUCAUGAUGAAGUAGCUGGCAGCUCACAAGCAACAGCUCAGGAGUGUAAAGAUGAAGCGUGUACUGUGAUUACGGAACCUAUCCAGGUUGAUGUAAAGCUCAAUGGUGGAGAUGCUCCAGGAGAUGAUUGUGAAAGCGUGAAGCGCAAACUGGAUGAAGCCGAUGAAGGGCAGGAAUCAACGGAUACCCCAAGCAAAAAAUUGAGAGUAUCCACCUGCCAUGGUGAUGCUGAAAAUACCCGCGACAUGGAGAUCAUUGAACUUUGCGAGAGGCUGAUGGAGUCCAAGGAGGCAGCCUCCAUCCUUGCAAGUCUCUUGCUAGAUUUAGAGCCCUCUGACAGCCAGCAGCAGACCUUGCUUCAGGUCUCCAAGCCUUCGGACAGUGACGUGAAUACCAUCCUCAGUCUGGGUGUGUUCAGGUGUAUACUCACCGACGUUCCUCGGGGAGAAGCCUCCUCUAGGACAGUGCACUUGCUAAGGGUCAUUGCCAUGGCAACGAGAUGCAAACAACUUCUCAUUGCUGAGAGGAAGCUCUCCAAUAACUUGUGUGAAGAUGUUGUGGAGAUCUUUGGAUGUCUUUUUAAACUUGAAAGCAGCAAAACAUGCUCUGAGAGAUUGUCAUCACUCCUGUUGGAUGUCCAGUCUCUACCUUCCGAGUUGACUAGAAGAGGUCUUGUCAAACCUGCCAUUCAUCUUGCUCUGAGGAUCGUAAAGCUUUGGAGUACCAUGAAACAAAGUUCUCAUGUUGAUGAUGCUUGUUCUGUGAAGAGCAGCUGGACUGUUUUGUUUGGUCCAUUUUGUGCCAUUGUGGAUGGAAGACUACUGAAGGCUGAGGGGACGUUAUACCAAGAUGUCUUACAAGAACUUACAGUUCAGAUGGCUAAUGGACGACAGUCUCCUUCCAUUGUAUGCACCUCAGCAUCUGCUCUUGGUGAUCUUGUCAAGGAGGGACAAGGCUUUCCAUGCCUACCACCCUGCUCAGUCUUCCAUUCAGCGGUGGUACUGCUUCACGCCGUCACUCCCAAUGCAAAGAAAACCUUCUACUCAAAAGCCUUGCUUCCCGAUUACAAAUCUCUGGUUGGAUCAAGAAAGAUUAUGAUAUCAUUGCUAGAUCUUGCUCAGACCAGUAUAUCAGUCGAUUCAGGAGCUUGUUGGACUCAGGACAUUUGGUUGCUUGUUGAUACCAUCAACACCAUUCUCAAGAACCCUGAUGCAGACUACCAGGUUGUCCUGAAAAUCUUGACAGUUGUCCCUGACCUGGUAUCAGUUUCCAUGGAAACAGAGGAACAUCCUGUCUCCAUCGAGAACACAAAGAGAGAGGCCCUUUUGAUGGAGGUUGGCUAUGGUCUUCAGAAACGAAUGUGUAACAUCGAAUGGGAGGUCAGAGACUCAACAAUAGCAUGUGUGGGAAAGCUGCUGCAGAAAAACACUGAUGUUGUGAAGAAAUGGCUGAAGCGUAACGAUCUGCAUGUCAGACUAUGGGAGAGUCUAGAAGACAGCGAAAGCUAUGUUAGGUCAAGCACCCUUCAAGCACUUCCUGCCCUCCAAAGCUGCAAAGGAUUGUGGGAACACGUUUUGUCCUGCAGUCGUAUUACACAGUUGGAUGUCGUUGCCAAGCUUAGAGAAAUCAUCAAGACUGACAGCGAAGCUUUCCCAAGGAGAGCUGCCAUUGCAUGUCUCCUCACUUGGCUCAAAGAUGAACCUUGGAUGCAGGAUGGUAUUAAGGAUGUCCUCACAGAGAGCAAGGAGAAAUUGUCAAAGCCGCGUCAGCAAGGCAGAGGUAGUACGGUCAAGGACGGCUUGGUUUCAAGUUUGCAGGGCCAAGGUAUAAAGGACGUCAUGACUGAAAGCAAGAAGGAAUCAGCACCAUCCAUUCAGAAUGACGGAGUUAGUAUAGUCAAGGAUGACCAUGGUGCAAGUAUGCAAGGCCAAGGAAUCAAGGACACCUUGACCGAGAGCAAGGACAAAGCGGCACCACCACUUCCGGAUGAUGCAGUUAGUGUGGUCAAGGAUGACCCAAGUGCAAGUAUGCAAGGCCAAAGUACAGCAGAUGGUAACAGUAUUACUACAACCAGUGAGUUGAAUGACAUGGAUAAUUUGAAGGAGAAGGAUGGUCCUGAGGCAAAGGUUGAGGAUGCUACUAUGACGUUAGGUGAGUUGGUUCUAGAUGCAGUCUCCAUGGCAACAUGUGACUUUGAUUGGGAGAUAAAACUACAUGCUCUUGAGUUCUACCUCCACCUCGUGACUCUGUAUAUUCCUGGUUACGACUCUGCAGUCACCUCCUCUUCGAUAGACCCCCAUUUCACAAUUCAAAGGACAAAACUUGAAGAACUUCUCGCAGGGCAGGACUUGAGAUUGUUGGUGACUUUUUUCACCAGGACUGGAUGCUUGGCUAGGUUAGCGCAGGGAAGUCGCGAUGAGGACGUUAGCGUUGCGCGUAAAGCCUGCAAGAUGCUGCAGAGCUUGAAAGUGUCUCUUGGCAAUCUUUUCAAAGAAAGGGAUUCUUCUGCUCAAAGAGACAGGACUGGGAAUAGUAUUUCAAGUGAUGAGAAUGCCAAACCCUCUAUUAGUAAGCAACCGGAGACUAGUAGCACACGGAAGCAUGACAACAUUGACACACAAGAAGAAAUCAGUACAACGGGAGCUCCGGACAUCCCAACAGAUGGCAGCUGUAGUGACUUUGACAGACGAUCUCUGUGUGACUUGCUUGGACAGUUGUUUGAAAGUGAUUGGAAUGCACUAUUGCAACAUAGGGAAUCAGAGAACGUGGAGGGACCUGUGUCUCUCAUGAUGGACAUUCUUGCUGCAGCAGAUAGAAAAGAUGAAAAUCUCUUAGAUUGCUAUUGAAUAGACCAGUUCGUAGUUACUUCUGGACAAUUAUGGUCAAAUGACCUUUCAUUUCUUUCAUUAUGAUAGGCAGAUUUCAAAGCAAGAUAUUACGUAAGCUUGCCUUACAUAGCAGGAUGAAGAAAUUGAAUAGACCAGGUGACUAGAAUAGCACACCAAUGAACACUUUAUGAAGGUAUUUGUUGCAUUCCUGCUUUGAAUACAUAUCAUAGCAUGUUGCACAAUGUACUUGGCAAUCUGUGAAAUACCAGUCGUUCGUGGACGCAUUGUUGUUUUUUGUGGAUGUAAAUGAAAAGCACAAUUCAAAAGAAUAUAUGAAUAAUCAAGACAUCAAAGUUGGUGCUUAUCUCAUUAGAUUUUAAACCACCAUGUCACUUCAGUACAAAUGACCUUCCUCUGAUCAUGCGCAGAAAGGAACUACGAACUGGCUUAUUAUGCAAUUUUGUCUUUUUAAAGGAAAAUCUAUACUAGGAGGAUCCAAUGUGACUACAAGUCAUGCUUGUAUUCCCAGUCUACUGCAGUAUGCCAAGCAUCAGCACAAUCAGAUCUUGGUCAGAUGAAAACUAGUUUCAUCAUUGAUUUCUUAUUUAUUUGAUUGAUCUAUAAACUUUUCAUGUAGGUAUUGAAUUUAUUUGAUUUUAUGUAUAAUUUUUUUUUUACUAUGCCAUCACAAUAAAUAAAUAAUUAUUAUGCUAAAAUAAAUUGAUUUUAUCUGAUGACAGCAAAAUGUGAUUAUAUUUGUAAAGUGUAUGAAUUAGGUGAGAAAACUACAUUUGCAAUGGACUUUUACUCAAAAUAUGUUUUUGAGCAAUAUUUGGUUCAGGGUAUGCCAAGGGGUGUUUCAGCAUAGAACCUUACUUUCAGGGAGAAGUGGGUGUUGAGGGAGGGGGGGGGGGGCUAGGACAUAGUGUUUCAUUCUAUUUGUAUGAAAUUUGCAAAGAAAUCAAAAGAUGUUUCAUGGCAAUUUUCUUCCCAGUCUCACACAUAUUUUGAAACGAGAAUGUCGACACCCAGAUAAUUGAUUUUUUUUGUGUGAGUUUUUACUUGCUCAUUGGAGUAGAUGUUGCCCAGCAACGUCAUCUCAUGCACAAAAGCAAUUAAAAUUAUGUUAACAGUCAAAAUUUGUACGUAUAUGAUUAUUUUCAUUUCCAAUGAUAAAGUUUUUGGAUGUUUAACCCUACAUAAAAUAGGUAACUUGAAAUCGCAUUUGAGUUCCUAGUUGCUUGUGGUACAUAGCAUGUUGUGAAAUUGUUAAGGAUAUACUUAAGAGGCUUCGUGCCAACUGCAUAUUCACCAUCCGCUUGAUCCACAACUUAAUAUACAAAAUUGUUUCAUUUUCCAAACUUUAAUAGUCAAAUGUAUUUUCGAAUAAUGAAUUGUUUUAACUUCUGCAUCAAAUUAGUCAAAUCUUAGAUUCUGUCAAACAUUUCUUUUGUGAAAUUGCCCUAACUGUUACACAUGCCUUCAAGUGUAAUUCAUAAUCUUGUAGGUAAUGUGUGUUUUGUGUUUUGCCUAUUGAUUUGAAGUACAAGUAUGUGUUCCUCUGUAGAAAAAAAACACAAAAAGAAUAGAGAAUCUCAUCCAGAAGCCUGAUUGAAUUCAACAGGGUAGUGACCUCUGAGUUCUUGGAAGUGAAUAUACUUUUGUCUUUUUGUAUGCAUUCUAUGCAUUUCUUUCUUUGAACAUAAAAUUAUGCAGAAAAAAAUCACGAUCGUGAGUGUGUGGGAUUUUUUUUUGAUGACUCAAGUAGAAUUGAUUACAAGUUCAAUCCUAACUAGGCCAGGCCUUCAGCCUCACCCCCUCCCCCCUCCAUGCUUGGCGUGAAAAGUUCAUAUCAUAUAAAGAUUUUGCUGUAUCGCUUCCUGGCAAUUUUGCAAGUGCUUGUCAAACUCAAAAUUGCUCAAAAACAUGAUUUUAUCAAGGAUUUUUAAGAGAUGGAGAACCAUCCAACACAUUUUUUUUAAAGACACUUUUAGAUGGCGCAAGGAUAACAUAUGUUCGACAUGUUCUCCAUUGGUCUUGUAGAUUUGUAGACAAAAGAUUCAUACCUAACUACAGACUUACUGGCCAGAUAUAGGAGGAAAUUAGCUUUUGUAACGAUAAUUACUCUUCGCUGCCAAUGGUCGGAUACUUUUAGCAGACACAUUGCUAACUUUUGUGGGGAUUAUUUACUGAAAUAUGAUUUUAAAAUACUCAACUGGCGGCACGUGGCCACAACUUUAACACAUAAUGUCACAAAUAAAUACGUUCCCUGAAACUA